GCCAUGCUGCCGUCAGCAGUGUCGUCUCGGAAUGGAUGGGCGUUGCUCAGAGCUGCGUCGCCUUCCUCGGUCUGGAACAUCAGCAGGCUGCACGUGUUUACGCCACACUCGCAAGCGCCCAAUACGACGCAAUCAAGGCUGCGCAAGGCAGCUCUUUGGGAUUGUCAGAAGACGCCGCCGCAGCUUACGCGAGCCAUUUCGUCAUGUCUGUUUUUUUUAACUGGCGUCAGAGCUAUAUCUAUGACCCUAUCCUCGCGAAUCAGCUUUCAAACCUUGGUGUGAGCGACAGUCAGCUGCCGACGCUCAAGACGCUCCUGGUGCCCAUGAUCAAGGAGAUUAUCAACAAAAGGCUGUGCGACGGCAGCAGCUUCUUCGCCAACUUCAAGCCCGCGAGUGACACUGCUAGCCCGGGUGUCUUCCGGCUGGCACCGGGCCAGGUCGCCGUGCAUUACCCCCAGGUCGCCAACGCCAACGGCUUUUACUUGUCCAGCAAGGAGGUAGACGCCUUCACGGCCAGGCUCACGCACUUCACUCUUACCGACCCCGAAUACGCCGCGCAGCUGGAGCAGACCUACUGGCUUGGCUCGAAGUCGUCCACGAACCGCUCGGAGUACGACACGAACUCGGCGUACUUCUGGGCCCAGGGCGACGGCACCUCUACCCUGGCCGGCUUCUGGAUCAAUGUAGCUCUGGACGCCCUGCCCGAGUCCACACCACUUGUCGUUCAGGCUCGCUUCCUGAAGCUCCUCACCACCAGCUUCUGGGACACUGCCGUCGCCUGCUGGCGCGUCAAGUACCGGGAGCUCUUCUGGCGCCCCGUCACCGCCAUCCAAACCGAUCACGGCGUCCGCGCAGCCGACCCCGCCUGGGAACCUCUGCUGACCACCCCAAUCGACCCCGAGUACGUCUCCAGCCACAUGUGCACCUCAGGUGCCGCGCUGUACAUCCUGGAGACGCAUCUGGGCGCCUCCACGCCCUUCACCUCCGACUCGCUGAGUGCGCCGAGUGCAGGUGUGCGUAGCUACCCCAACUUCCGGGCCGCAGUGUUGGAGGUGGGCAUGAGCCGCGUGUUCGCGGGCGUGCACUUCCGCAAGUCGAACGAGGACGGCAUGGCGCUUGGGUACGCGAUCGCCCGCCGCAUCCACGGUCGCUUCUUCCGCAACUCCACGCUGGCAGACGUCUACUAA